AUGGAUUUCUAUAUCAGCAGCCUGGCGGCGCGGAUUCCGUGCACGCGUCUACAUCGGCAGGUCCAGGAUCCGAGAGGCCGCCCAGUCGCGGCCUUCGCCAUUAGCAGCGAUGGAAGACUCGCUGCUAUGGCGACGUAUCCACGUGAUUACCGCUCGGUGGAACGCUCUGUGAACGUGCUUUUCAAGGAUGGGAAGGCCUUGAGGACGUCCAAUUAUCACAAGGCAGUUCAACGCCAGCGUAGGCUAGCGGAGCAGCACAAUGAACUGGAGUACAACGUGGAGCAGUACAUUCGUCACUCGCUCGAGGUCGACAGCAUCGGAAAUCUGGUGGAGGAGGUAGCAAUGAGCACACCAAGUCUGAGAGCCAUAAUCAAGGACAACAACGCGGAGCCAGGGCCCGAGCCCCGCCCAGUGGUUCCUUGCGCAGUGGUUAUCUACGACACAAUGUACUUCAACCCGGUGGAAGAGUUCAUAUAUGGUUACAAGUUAAACGACGCUGUCUACAUGAAUAGUCCCGAUGCGACCACCCCUGCUAUGGGAGUGGUGGAGCCCAGCCCUCAUUUAUCCCCCAAUAUCGCUAAUGCGUUUACAGGUAGGUGCUUUUUCCGUCCAAGCAAGAUGAGCUUUGUUUGUAAUGAUUCGGUACUGGUGCUGUCGUCGCCGGAGGACGGUGCGAAGCUGUUCUCUAUGGACACGGAGUAUGUUGAGCUGCUCUGCCACUUCCGCCCCCAGCUACGUGAUGAUGUGAAUAUGGAGAGUUUGAAAGUACUGAGUGUUAACGUGGUGAUGGACGACUUGGAAACUCAGUCUUCGGAACUUCCCCCUGUAUUUACCAGCCCUUAUGUGUUUUGCCAUGCUUGUCAGCAUUCCGUCUUAAAAGAUGUGGAGGAAUGUAAGGAUGAUGCGUUGCCAUAUACGAUUGUUAUUGAAUGCAUACUAUCUCUAUCAUCGCAUCCUCCUCUCCGCAUGGUGCUUCAUUCUCGGUGGCCCAGAGGCGACGUCACCGUAUCCUAUGUAAGCCAGAUGUACCCGUAUGUGGAUCAGCUCUCGGCUCCGGUGGAUCACGUCGUUUCAGUAUUUAGGGCUCGCCUCACCGACACAGAGGAAUUUGACGUUCUAAAUCGGGUUCACACCUACUGGGCCAUGGAACCCUAUAUGCACGACAAAACAGAGUUUCUCAUACAGUCGGAUAAACCUAUAGUAUCUGGAUACACAAAGACGCUUCUCGCUUCAAGGGUUAACAACCGUGACUAUUUGGAAGAGUAUCAGUUUAUCGCCAUGUACACCCCCGAUUCCCAGCUUUAUGUUAUGGAUCCAGAUUGUAAUGUGCUCGGGCAGACUGAAGUCCACAACGCCGAGGAAGGGUUUUUCACAAUUGAUGUGGACCGCACGGGGAGCAUGUUAGCUCUGAUUGGAGCGGAGUCGAUUUUUGUCUACCGUUUGCAUGUUUCUCGUGACGAGGACGGUGUGCUAGCGGUGGCAUUUCAGCUACAAAUGAAAUUCCCGCACGUUGUAGGAGUCGGACGGCGCGAGGAGAUACUGUCGGCAUGCUUGGGACGUGACUUGGGCAACCGUUGGAUGUAUGUAUCUGUGGCCCGUGGUUCAGUCGACGCUGUGAUGUACAUUGUUGAUGUGACUCCGAGCAAGGGGAAGGACCCCAUCAAGAGGACCUUGAACAUGAACUCUGUCAUAUUCCCGUGUAUAACUGAUAUGGUAGCGUUGGAGAACAGCAUUCUGGUAAUGCCUCGCCACCAGCGCUUUUUGGUUCAGCUGACGCAAGAGCACCAGGAUAGCACGGACGAUACGUAUUCUCGCCAGUUCUGCCAUUUCCCACUCUUGGCAACAAACAAGGAGGCGUUAAUGCUCAAUUCUACCGUGGAAAAUUGUCCGCAGCCUGUACGGGAGAAGUUCGAUAUCUUAUUGAUGGAGCGGGACCGCCAGAUAUCCACAACUAUGAAAACGAGCGACCGUUUGAACAUUGGUCGCUGGCUGGAUGCGUUAUACCAGUACAAUGCGCUAUGCAUGUACAAAGGGCGUGGGGUAAUAGACGGUAUGGAUCCGCACGACUACUUGCUCCCUCCGUUGAGGAGAGCUCGGCAACAGUUCCCCUUCGGUUACGACGCUAAGCAAUUCUACGAUCCGCUGCUAGGAAUUGAGUUUACCGGUAGCCCGGCUCUAAUGCGUGCCCAAUGCUACGAGUGGGCACGCGAUGUCAUCACCCGCAGCGGAUUCAUUAAUCCGCUCUACCGUAUGGAGGUGAUCUACGAUGAAAAGUUGCAGAUGCUGGACUAUGUCUGCGCGAAGAUAUGCAUAUCCCAGUGGGACAACCCCGCUGAUAUACUGUUUUCUAUGCGGAGCAACGAUUUCCUGCGUCUUCAGCUGUGCAACUUUUUGAAGAUUUCACAGCGCCUCGAGCUGCCAUGUGACGCGCAGGGCAUGAUCCCGUGCGAGAAGACAAUGAUUUUCAAAAAAGUGAGCGAUGUUAUGCCGCAGAUGAUCAUGGAUGGUGUGCAAAUCCCAGUUAGACAGAGCCGCGCAUCGUUAGAGCGGGAAGCGUUCGAACUUAUACGCCAACAGUUGGCGCCUGAGCUGAUGAGCAUCCAGUCAGGCAAGUUGAAGAAGAUCAUACGAGAUCGGCUCUAUCGAUUGCGCAAGAAACUCUCGAUUUUGGAACGCUACAAGCAAGAGCACGACCUCAUCGAUGCGCGACCUGACCUCCAGCUUGAUGAGAUUGCACGCAACGACUGCCGCUUACCGGUAUUCCGCGAACCAGUUGAUCAGCGUGAAGUCUUAUUGUCCGAAUUCGCGAUGCGAGUACGUAUCAAAGUGUUGACUACCUUUUAUAAGGCCCAUAAGGAUGGCGGCCCCGACUUGGAUGAGUUCGACUCGUCCUGA